AUGGCUGCGGCUCCCAGGCCACCCAAAGACCACUUCAACGUCUUGUUCUUUGCAAGUGCGGGCUCCUUCACAUCCAAGCAAUAUGAGGUGUUGCCGGCCCCUCUCCCCCUGAAGAAGCUAUUCGAUACGCUUGAAAAGAGACACGGCGGGUUCAAGGAGAGGUUCUUAGAGUCGUGUUUGGUGACGGUCAACUUAGAAUACGUAGAUAUCCCUGGGCCGGACGACGAGGAUGGUCCGAUAAUACGGUCCGGCGAUGAAGUAGCCAUCAUUCCUCCGGUCAGCUCCGGGUGA